AUGAAUUCGUUACAAUUUCUAAACGAUGAUGAAUGUGAAGAAAACAUGGAGAGAAAUGGAGAUAGUGAGGAAAUAAAUUUAGGUGAUGAUGAGCCUCUUUUUCCUAGUUUCCCUCAAACUAGUUCGAGUAAAAGGAAGAAGUCUAAGGAUAUUUCUAACAACCGUUCCACCAAGACUAAAAGUUCAUAUCUUGAGGAAAAACUAGAAGUUGUAUUGGAUGCCCUAUCAAAAAAAAGAACACAAACUUUUCCACCAACUAAUCCCUCUCCAACACUAUCAGAUUGCAUGAACAUUGUGGUCACUUUUCCAAGUAUCAAUGAAGGUUCAACAUAG